CAUCAAACCACCAUCAAAAGAUGGCGUCACGAAAUCAAACCCGAGCAAGCGGCAUCGCGAGCGGCUCAACGCGGAGCUGGACACGCUCGCUUCGCUGCUGCCUUUCGAGCAGAACAUCCUCAGCAAGCUGGACCGGCUGUCCAUCCUGCGGCUGUCAGUCAGCUACCUUCGGACCAAGAGCUACUUUCAAGUGGUCAUGCACAAAGAUAAGGAGGACAUCCACGGACAUCGGCGGGAGCAUUCCCCGUACGACCACGCGAUGCCCGACGGAGAAAUGUUCCUGCAGGCACUCAACGGUUUCCUGAUGAUCCUCACGUGCGAGGGUGAAGUGUUCUUCGCCACGCACUCCAUCGAGGAGCUACUUAGGCUUCCAUCAG